AUGGCUGGCCCACUCUUCUCACCAAAUUCCCCGCACUGCACAGUCCAGCGCUGGCACACGACACGGGCCUGGUGGGAAGCUGUAGCAACCCUGCAAAGACCAGAGACCACCGUGCCCGAAGGUCCAAUCUAUGCUUCAGCGCAAGCUGCACCGCCCAGAUGCGGCCCACCUGGGGCGAAGACCACCAGCCUCCUGGGCUGCCCGUUCCUGGGGACCACGGAGUGCGUCGUCCUCACACUGAUGGCCUUUGACCGCUACGUGGCGGUCCGCUGGCCCCUGCACCAUGACCCCUGCCUGAGCCCGCAGCUGGCGGCCACCACCUGGGCCACUGGCCUGGCGGAGUCAGCGGUCCUGACACCACCCCCUCUCUGUCCGCUCUUGUGUCCCCACCGGCAGGUGGGUGAUUUUUUGCGUGAGGUCCCGGCUCUGAUUGCACUGUCCCGCGGAAACGCCACUUCCGGUGAGAUGCAGCUGGCUGUCGUGGUCACUCACUGCCCCUGCCCGAGCAGUGCUCAGGUCGAGUCUGUCAUAGGGUGGAAGAAGGCGUUCCGGAUGCACCCCUCCCACCUCGCAGUGGUCACCCUUUACGACUCAGUCAUUACUGUCUAUCUGCAGCCCCCAAAUCCCGACGUUCAGCAAAGGGGCAAGUUGUCCAGUCUCUGCUAUGCGGCAGGCACUCCAGCACUUAACAACCCUCUUGUUCACACCCUGAGGAACAGAGGGGUAAAGGGGGCACUUGGGACGCUGCUUGGGAGGCGCAGGGACCCAAGGGAGCGCUGA